CGAUGGCCAGACCCGAUGAGUGCUGCCUUUGUCCUCCGCGCGGUUGCGCUCACCUACGACUUCGACGCCCCGCAGACGCUGCUGAACUGGGGCCUGUGCGCCCUGGCGCCGCCCGCCGCCCGGCUCCAGGCGGCCACCUGCGCCGAGCCGCUGCGGGCCUGGGGCGCCCAGAUGGGCGUCAUGCUGGCCAUGGCGGCGGUGCAGGUGGCGAUCCUGGCCGCCAUGCACGAGCAGGGCGUCAGCCUUGUCUGGACGUGCAUGGGCCGCGGGCGGGCGGCCACCCCGAGGGCCAGGGGGGAGGGGUGCGCCGCGCCGGACGCGCGUGAGCGUGAGACUGUUUUUUUUCCAGCCAUCCUGUGCUUCGAUCCGGCUUGCACCGACCGCGGCGCCCGACGGGUUGUUGACCGACGCUGCCCACAUCCUGAGCCUCGGGGUGGGCGCCGCGACCUGGCCGCUGGCGUCGCGGGUGUGCUGCCCGGUACGCUUCGCCGCCCGCGCCGCGGCGGCGCCCGGGGCGCAGGGGCUGCCGCUGUUGU